GUUCUAAACGCGUGAGCUUCGCAGGGGGACGUGGGGGUAAUCAGAUCCUCAGUGGCAGGCUGAUUUUUUUUCUGCCCACUUUAGCCUCCCGUGGACUUUUCUUUUUUUCCGUGCAGCCGCUUUGACAGCGUUUGGUUACUCGUCUCCAUAAGUGCGUGUCAGCCUGAUGCAUAUCUGUGCUGUCAGCCGGGGGAAAGGUGGAUCCUCCAGACAAGCCAACACCUCUUAUCCUCGUCCUGUCAUGCGUGUAGCACAGCAGCUCCAUCAAGCUCCAUCUCUCUGACUGCUGCUGCUGCUGCUGCUGCUGCUGCUGCUGCUGCUGACAACACUCCCGCCCCGCCUCGCCUCUCCGCAGAUGAACUUGUGCGUCCUGGAAAGCGCGCCGACAGAAUGAAUGGUUACGGGUCUCCAUACCUGUACAUGGGGGCUCCGGUGUCCCAGCCCCGGGCCCCGCUCCAGAGGACCCCCAAGUGCGCACGGUGCCGGAACCACGGCGUGCUGUCGUGGCUCAAAGGCCACAAACGCUACUGUCGCUUCAAGGACUGCACCUGCGAGAAAUGCAUCCUCAUCAUCGAGCGGCAGCGCGUCAUGGCGGCGCAGGUGGCGCUCCGCAGGCAGCAGGCCAACGAGAGCCUAGAGAGCCUCAUCCCGGAGUCCCUCAGAGUGCUUCCCGGCAUUGGCCUGCCCGGGGCCGGCGAGGGGAACCAGGCGGCCCCGGCCAGGACGGAGGAGCUGGAGCUGAGGUGGAGCAGCUCGGAGCCGGUGCAGGCCGAAGGGCAGCCGUGUUCAGCACCGACAGAAGAAGGUCCAGACGAGGUUUCUGGGGGUGAGAACGGAGGCAGCUCCAGUGAGAAGGAGCAGGACCCGGUCAGCUCUCCGGAGGGCUCCAAGCCCAACUCCUGCUACACCCCGGAGCCUCCAGAAACCCCCUCCCACCCGGAGGAGAGCCGCUACAGCCUCCCCAAGUCCGGCAGCGCCGAGAAGGAGGCCAAAGCCGAGAGUCCCCAGAAGUACCCGGUCAGCCCCGGGGAGCAGAGCGUCCUGAUCGAGGGUCUCGCCGGAUCCAUCAACCUGCCCUUCAGCCUCCGAGCCAACCGGCCGCCGCUGGAGGUCCUCAAGAAGAUCUUCCCCGCCCACAAGCCCCCCGUGCUGGAGCUCAUCCUGCGGGGCUGUGGGGGGGACCUGGUGGGGGCCAUUGAGGUUCUGCUGUCCAGCCGGAACCCCGACGGGAGCGCGCACCCUCACGGCGACCCGCACCAGGACGCGCUGGUGCUGCCUUCAAACGGACACCUGUUCGAGCACACGCUGGGCUCUUACCACCCGGUGUCCUCCUCCGCCAAGUGGUCGGUGGGUUCUGCUUUCCGGGUCCCCGAUUCCCUCCGGUUCACGUCCGAGUCCGCCUCGGGCGUGGUGUCCACCGGAGCUCUGGGUGUCCCCCUGCAGCACCCGUCCUUCCCGCAGCCCACGCGCUACCCGCUCAUGCUGCGCAACUCCCUGACGCGCAGCCAGGCCAGCCCGUUCGUGCACAACGACGUGACUCUGUGGAAUACGAUGGCUCUGCAGCAGCAGUACCAGCUCCGCUCGGCGGCUCAGUACGUGUCUCCGUUCUCCCCCGCGGCCCCAGGGGGGACCGGGGCUUCCGUGUUCCGUAGCUCGCCCAUCCUCCCGUCCAGACCCUCCGAGGAGCAGCGCAUCAGCAUCCAGGAGGAGAGCUGCUCGCUGGGGCCCAAACCCGGCCUCUACUCCCCGGAUGAGGAGUACGAAGAGCGCUCUGACUCCGCAGACUCCCGCAUCCUGAACUCAUCCACCUGAACCAGACGCUGCUGGACUUUUACACAACCAAAAACGUAUUAUUGUGAACGGACGUCAGUGUGCGCGUUUCUUUGUGUGUUUUGUUUGAUUUGAACCGUGUGAAGCAAUCAGCCUUUGAUCAGGUGGUGGUAACCAUGGUAACCAUCGCCCCCAUGCUUCCAGAUGUCACUGGACUUGACCAAAACGGAUGAAUGUAACAGACUCUUAUUUUGAAAGUGCUCCAGCUGUUUCAUGUAAGCAUGUUUAGUACUGUGAAAAGCUCUGUAAGGAUCACCGCUGCAUGUCGAGUAUGCCAAAUAAAUCUGUCCAAAUGGA